UGGCCAUCGAGCAAACAUGCCCACUCUCAAGCACCACUACAAGGUCAUCAAACCUGUUGGCGAGGGCAAGUUCUCGACGGUCUUUCUUGCCAAGCACCGCAAGUCGGGACGAAAGGUGGCUAUCAAGCAUGUCGACAAGAACGAUGAAGAGUUUUCGAUCGGCCUACUCGAGUCGGAAGUGUCGAUCAUGAAGGCCAUCGACCAUCCGAAUGUGGUGCGGCUGUUUGAUGUGUUUGACUCUGAUGAGUCAUUCGACAUGGUGCUGGAGUAUGUCAAGGGAGGUGAGCUGUUUGACAUGAUUGUGGACCAUGGAGCGUACUCGGAGGCCGACGCAUCGUCGAUCAUGACCCAGAUUCUAGAGGCUGUAGCUUACCUUCACGAGCACGACAUUGUGCACCGCGAUCUCAAGCCGGAGAACCUGUUGUGUGAGCAGAAGAAGUCCGGGCGGCUGGUGGUGAAGAUUGCAGACUUUGGCCUCUCCAAAAUGCUCGAUGAGGAUGUGAUUCUGGCGACAGCGUGCGGGACGCCGGGCUAUGUGGCGCCCGAGGUCCUGGAGCAGGAGACCGCAACCGGGUACGACUCGGAAGUCGACAUGUGGGCGUGUGGGGUGAUCAUGUAUAUUCUGCUCUGCGGCUUUCCGCCUUUUUACGAGGAUGACAUGCCUGCCCUGUUCGACCAGAUCCUCGAGGGCCGCUACGACUACCCGGCGCCGUACUGGGACGGCGUGUCGGCGUCUGCCAGGGAUCUUAUUGACCACUUGCUUGUGGUUGAUCCGGCCGCGCGGCUGACUGCGCGCCAGGCACUGGCACAUCCGUGGAUCUCGGGCACCUCGGCCUCGCAAGACGUCUUGGAGACGUUCCCCGAGCAGCUAGCAAAGUGGAAUGCCAAGCGCAAGCUCAAGGCUGCCGUCCGGGUUGUCAUGCUCUCCAACUCCCUUGCUGCAUUUGCUGGAGGAUCCACAAGUUGAAACAGGGACGACUAGCAGCGGCUGCCCAGCCAUCGUCGUCGCCCAGUCACCAGCACUGUGCUAUUGCCGCGGAUGUGGUACUCGAAUAAGAACGGGUUGCGGAAA